AAUGGUCUACUGUUUGCAUUUCCUAAUCGGCCUUAUAGAGUGGUGCAAUUCUGGACAUGUUCAAAGUUUACACUUCUGUAGUAAAGUACACUGUCCACGACAGUUAAAAAAGGAUAAAACAGAAGCUAACGAAUUGAUUGAGGAGAAAAAUUUUGAUUAUUUACCUGGUAGAGUUCAUCCGCUCGAUUCAUCCCUCUUGAGAAGAUUGUCAAAGAUACAAGAUGAAUUUUCAGUGAGAGGAACUUUGGCUCAUAUCCAAGUGAGCAAUCCGAAUUAUGCAGCACUAAUUAAUACAGCCGCUUAUCCUGGCGAGCCGCUGAUUUAUGCUCAUAGUUCUCCCAAUAAACAUUACAAAAAUGAAUCUGCUAUUUCUUUGGAAGCAGAUGUUCUAACUUCCGAAGACUUCGAAAAGAAUUACCUUCCUCGAUCCAGAUUAAUUAUUAUGGGAACGGAAGGAGAUAUUCCAACAAAUGUUAAGAGACUUCAAGAAGCCGUAUGUCUGUUAAAUGAUGGUGGUAUCCUCGUACUAGAAGAUUCACAAAAUGGAUCAGCAGCAUUGCAGCACUUUUUCUCUCAGAAUGGCUUUUCCUUUCUAUCUCCGCUAUUGGCCUUUGGUCAACGCCUUAUGUUCACAACAAGCAAUUAUAGAGAUUUGUACUAUAGACACCUUGUAAAUGACAGGGGAAUUCUCUUUGCCUAUAGUCUUCAACAUUCAAUGUACAGCAUGGCUCAAACAUCAGUUAACUAUUUAUCAAAUAUGUGA